UCUUCACUUCCUCCGUCCCUCUCGCCAACGGGUCAUAGUUCGUCGGUUAAAGGCGACACACGCUGCUUCACAUGUGUUGUUGUUUUGUUAUGCAUUGAUAUAAACUGCAGUGACAUGGGGAAGAGUAAGAAUAACAAAACUAACGUCUCUAGAAAACAAGCGGACAAGGCAGGAAAACAUUCAAGUGUUAAGAAGCUCAAACGAGAUGCUAAAUCCAAAAAAGCCAAGCCAGACCAUCUCGAAGACAUCCCCUUCAGGCUCCGAGAGAUCAUGAAGAGCAAGGAGAGGAUGAAGACGGGAUCCUUGAAGCCCAAAAAGCCAAAACAAGCCAUCUCCCAUGAAAGCAAACCAGGGGAGGAUGGAGAAAUACCUGUCCUCCACUUCAAGAGGGGGAAGCAGGAAAGUGAGAGGGCGUAUGUGAGGCGCAUGGAGAAUGAGACCAAACACAUCCACUUCCUCACCAAGAACCAGGUAGACAGACAGCCUGAGCUGGAUGAUGACAAUCAAGACAAGUCCACUGACAAGGGCAAGUCUGAGAAGAAGAAGGAGCACGAUAAAGGCAGACUACAGAGGUUGCAGCUGAAAAAGUUGGACAGACAAGAGGACAGGAUGGAGAAAGAGAUGUUCAUAGAUAAUGUUCCUUUUGGUGAAGUCGCAAUGGCCCCGCCAACAUUUAGCAGCAAACCCAGGAAAGCUCUGGUCAAAUCUCAGAAUGCAUCAAAGAAGCUGCUCCUCAACUCCCUCCUUGGCCACGCUGUGUCCUCCACAGCCAAACCGUCCAUGGCCCGACAGAGGAUCAUGGAGGAGGAGAGGGUGAGAGCGGUGGAGGCCUACCGGCAUCUGAAGAAACAGAAACAACAGCAGCACGAGGCCCGGACUGCAGGUCUGGAAAAACUCAAAAACCUUCAGUGACGUUGAAGGCUGUCCUCAUCGGUGAAGUUCAGAAACUGAGAAGGAGUGCAAGAUAAACGUAUCUGGACUGUAUGUGUUCACUGAUGGACUGAUAUGCCAGCGGGGGAGUGUGUCACAAUGUCUCUAUCAACUGUCAGGCAAACAUUUGCAUCCACAGGCCCGCACUGUGAGGUGAGUAGUUAUUGACAUUCACCUUUCAGUAUCACGUUACAGCUCAGAGGCCACAGGACAUUCAGGACAUCCCUAAUUAAAUGCAUCCAGACAGGCGACCUGUUGAUUUCUUACCCUUGUAACUGUGUCAGAUGUCCAGUUGUAUAUACACUGUUUUUAAUAAAUGCAUCUUUAGGUAACAACUAUGAAGACUUUUGUGAUUUGGUAGACUAUAAAAUCAUUCAGGCUGAAGAAGACGAUAAACCUCAUUGUUUGCUGUUGUUCCACUAGAUGGCAGUGCUCCAGCAGAGAGAAUAUUGUUUGUAAUGGGAGCUGAAAAGUGCUUUUAAAUAACAUAGCUUUUUAAAAAUGUAUUUUUGGUGUCACACCAUUCACUGUUAUACAUGUGGUUUUAUGGCGGUAGUAUUUAUGGUGUUAAAUUAGUUGAAAUCACAAUUAAUUUAUAUUUAAAUGAAAAAGAAAUAAGUUAAUAAAGCAGUCAACCGUG